AUGGGAAAGCCCACAGGGAAGAAGAAAGAAACCGUUACUCUGAGUGCUGCAAAUUCAAAUGGUAAGCUCGGGAAGCCUUCGAAAGCUUUCGACGAAGACACGGCAAUGUUCCUCAACAUGUCACAAGAACUCAAGGAAGAGGGUAACAGGCUCUUUCAGAAGAAGGAUCACGAAGGUGCUAUGCUUCAGUAUGAGAAAGCACUCAAACUCCUUCCGAAGAAUCACAUAGAUGUUGCGCACCUUCGUACCAAUAUGGCUACGUGUUACAUGCAAUUGGGUCUUGGGGAAUACCCACGAGCCAUUAACGAGUGUAAUUUGGCGUUGGGAGUGUAUCCCACAUACAGCAAAGCGCUUUUGAAAAGAGCGAAUUGCUAUCGUGUGCUUAAUCGGAUCGAUUUGGCACUCAGGGACGUUCGUCUUGUUUUGGGUGUGGAACCUAAGAAUCUAACCGCGUUGGAGUUAUUUGAGAGUUUGGGAAAGACGACGGAAGAAAAGGGCGUCUCUAUUGAUGAAAAGGUGGUGGCUUCUGAUACCGUACACAAUACUGUGGCUCCUACUUUGCAAAAUGGGGGGAGAGAGAAAGUGAAGAAAAAGAGAGGGAAAAAGGUUGAGGAUAAGGUGGUUGUUGAGGAAAAAGUGAGUGCUGUUAAGGAUGAACAAGUGGUUUCCAAAACAAUUGAGGAAGAAAAAAGGGUGGUGGAAUCUGUGGAGGAAGAUAAACCGGCCACAAGGGCAGUGAAGUUAGUGUUUGCAGAGGAUAUAAGGUGGGCACAUUUACCUGUGAAGUGUAGUUUGAAGUUGGUUAGGGAUAUAGCUAGGGAUCGGUUUCCGGGUUUGAAGGGUGUUCUUGUGAAGUAUAGGGAUCAAGAAGGUGAUUUGGUAACAAUUACUACUACUGAUGAACUAAGGUUGGCUGAAUUUUGUUGUCCCAAGUUCGUAUCUUUUAGACUUUAUAUUACUGAGGUUGAUCUUGAUCAAGAACCUUCUUAUGAUGGAAUAAGCAAUGGGGAUGAGGUGCGAAGGAGCGGUGGAAAACCAAGUGAUGGUGUUGAGAAUGGGGGUGUGGAAGAAGGCAGACCUGAAGAGGUAGCGAAGAGGAAUGUUACUGUGGAGGAUUGGCUUCUCCAGUUUGCGAGGCUGUUCAAGAACCAUGUAGGGUUUGAGUCUGAUUCUUAUCUAGAUAUUCAUGGGCUUGCGAUGAAGCUAUAUGCGGAAGCAAUGGAGGAUAUGGUAACAAGCGAUGAUGCUCAAGGACUUUUUGAAAUUGCUGCAGAUAAAUUUCAAGAGAUGGCAGCUUUGGCACUGCUUAAUUGGGGGAGUGUUCAAAUGUCCAGGGCAAGGAAUCGUGGUUUUUUUUCAGAGGAUGGCUCAAGAGCAUCAUCCUUGGAGCAUAUUAAAGCUGCAUAUGAAUCAGCGCUAGAGGAGUACAAGAAAGCAGGAAUGAGAUAUGAAGAAGCCUUGAAAAUCAAACCUGACUUCUAUGAAGGAUAUCUUGCUCUUGGGCAACAGCAGUUUGAGCAAGCAAGGCUCUGCUGGUGUUAUGCAAUAGCAUGCAAGAUGGACUUAGAAACUGGUCCUUCUGAUGAGGUUCUGCCACUCUACAACAAGGCAGAGGCGAGCAUGGAGAAAGGCAUGUCUAUGUGGGAGGAGAUUGAAGAGCAGCGUUUAAAUGGUAUAUCCAAAUCCGAUAAACAUAAAGCACAGUUAGAGAAAUUGGGCUUGGAUAGUCUUUACAAAGAUAUUUCUUAUGAUGAAGCUUCAAAGCAAGCUGCAAAGAUGAGGUCUCAGAUAUAUCUUUUAUGGGGUGCCUUGUUAUAUGAGCGAUCUGUUGUGGAAUUUAAGCUUCGCCUUCUAACAUGGGAGGAAUGUUUGGAGGUUGCAGUCGAGAAGUUUGAACUUGCUGGAACCUCUUCAACAGAUAUUGCUGUCAUUAUAAAGAAUCACUGCUCAAAUGAAAUGGCCCUUGAAGGUAUGGGAUGGAAAAAUGUCGUGUGGUUCAAAAUUGAUGAGAUAGUACAAGCAUGGAAUGAAAUUUAUGAUGCUCAGGGGGCGCAGUUUGGUGAUCCAUCAUUUCGACUUGAACAAUUGUUUCGUCGGCGUGUUCCUAAACUCCAUUACAUCAUGGAGCAAUUUUAA